AUGAAAUUUUAUAUAAUUUUUAUAUUUAUUAUAUCUAAUGUUUUUGGUGAAGAAAGAUCAUGGGAAUUAGAUGAUGGUACUACAGUUGAGAUUAUUAAAAAAAUUCCAGAUUCAAAGUGUAAAAUUAAGGUAGAGAAAUGGGAUCAUGUUGAACAAUUUUUCAAAUUAACAGAUAAAAGUGGUAGAAUUAUUGGAAAUAAUUUUGGAAAAAGUCCUUUUAGUUUUGAAGUUGGUGGAAAUCAAGUUUUACCAUCAAUGAGUGAAGCAAUGUUAGGAAUGUGUAUUAAAGAACAGAGAAAAGUUAUCAUUCCAACAGAAGCAUUUGAAGAUUAUGAAGCUCCACGUGGUUCUAAACCUGGAGAAGAUUUAUAUUAUUUUAUUGAAUUAAAAUCUAUUUUUAGACCAAUUUCUGGAGCAUCAUGGUAUGAAGAUAAUGGAUUACAUAUUACACAAACACAUGUUAUCUCUCCUGAAAAUUGUAGAAAGGCUGAAAAUGGCGAUAAAAUUCAUCAACAUUAUUCUGUUUGGCUUCAAGAUGGAACACUUGUAGAUAGUAGUUAUACCAGAGAUAAGCCAUUUAUUUUUAAACUUGGUGCAGGACAAGUAAUAAAAGGAAUGGAUCAAGCAAUGUUAGGUAUGUGUGAAGGAGAAAAAAGAAAACUUGUUGUUCCACCAGAAUUAGCAUAUGGUGAAAAAGGAAGACCACCACGUAUUCCAGAAAAUAGUCCACUUCAUUUUGAAAUUGAGUUAGUCAAACUUAUAAAGAAAAAUGAUGAGUUAUAA